UCCUUAUUUUUUUUUUCGCUAUCUCUGACAGCUGCCUGCAGCGAUGCACGUAGAAAAGUCAGGUAGAUCAGAUGAUCAGAUGCAAGGCACAGGGCCAGAAAGACGCUGAUGGAUGGUCCCUAGUGGACCAUGGCCGUAAGUCUAUUUUCACUGCAGUUUAUCCGUACAUCUCCUACCUACAUCAUUGCGGGUGUUCCACGGGCAAUCAAGCAUAAUUUCCUGGCAAAAGCAAUUUGCGACGUUAGAACAUUAGUCGAAGGAUGCAUGCACGCAACGCCGAAUAAGCAUAGCAUGUACUAUACUGGUGGUAACCGUACGGUGUACGUCUGACCCCGAGUGGAAUUCCGCUCCUCGAUACAUACGAAUCAAUACAAACACCAUAUGCCUCUCGUCGACGCUGCGUUGCCGCCGAACCAACCAACUAUCCCAUCCAUCCAUCUCAUCCGUCUCCGUCCACCCGGCCCGUUUCCAGCGCGUUCCAGCGCUGCACUGCCCAAGCCACGAGGCCGGUCCAUUCCCCUGGGUGGGGGUCCGAAUGUGUCAGCCAGCUGCUUGCUUGCUUGCUUUGCUCAUUGUCCGUCGAGCCGCCCGCUUCCUUUGUUUCGCUCUGCCGCAUUCCAGACCCAGCCGCCAUGCGCCACUGGUCAAGCCCGCUGUGUCGCGCCGACACACGCUGACCAGAAUCCAUCCGUAUUCCUACUGGUCAGAACCGGCCUAUAACAACACCGUGCAUAGCCGACCUUGGACUUGGCCCAUGUCUUCGUCGACGACCCACGCAGGUUUAUCCAUUCGACUUGCUUAAAUAUUGUGUGUGUGUGUGUGUGUGUGUCUGAGU